AUUACUAUAAGUAAAGAAUAAGUAAGUAGUUUCAUACAGUUAAUAAAUAGUAAAGAGUAAAAAAUGACAUUCACUUCCAAAUACUUGAAGUUUAAGUCAUACUCUUAUGGAUCUAAUUUGGAUCCUUUAACAAUUAAAGAAGAUUCAAUUGCUCUUGAAAAGCAAUCGGAUGGAACUUAUAAUGUACCUUCCAAUUAUAUCUUAAUAAAAGUUCAUGCUGUAUCUUUGAAUCCGGUUGAUGCAAAAGUAUACCAUUUAUCACUUUGGCCCAUUGCUAACUUCUUUUCAACUGGAAUUGGAAAGGAUUAUAGUGGAAGAGUUAUUGCUAUAGGGAAAAAAGCUCGAACUAAUACCGAAUUGAAAGUUGGUGAUUUAGUUCAAGGAUUCUAUCCUCAUAUAACUCCUCGUGGUACUUUAAGUGAAUAUAUUUUGCUUAAUGCCUUUGAUAAGACUUAUAGUCAAGUGACAAAUAUUCCUUCUAAUUUAACUUUAACAGAUGCUUCCUCGUGGCCAUUGGUUUACGGUACAGCCCAUCAACUUAUUGAAGGAUUGAAAUUGAAAGGCAAAAAAAUCCUUGUACUUGGUGGUGCAACUUCUGUAGGUAGAUACCUUCUUCAAUUAUUAAAAUAUGAAGGAGCUAGAGAAAUUAUUGCAACAUGUUCUCCACGAUCCAUAGAUAUAGUCACCACUUUAGGUGCUACUUCUACCAUUGAUUAUACUAAGGGUCCAAUUUUGAGUACUAUUUUAGAAUCAGUUAUUGCAACUUCUACAUUUGAUUAUGUAUUUGAUUGUGUGGGUAGUACGGAAUUGUUUUCUCAUAUUUACCAUAUAUUCCCCGAAGGAGGUGGACAUUAUGGAUCAAUUGUUGGUGAUGCUACGGUAGGAACUCUUAACUGGAAAGCUUUAACAGUUGCUUAUGGAGUAGUUAGUCGAACAGUCUUCUCUACAUUAGGCUUAUUAGGUUAUCAUUAUGAAGUUCGUUUACUAAAUCAUCAUGGUGAUUGGAUUCAUAAAGGUAAACAAUUAAUUGAAGAAGGUAAAUUAAGAAUAUUCAUAGAUAGUUACUUUAAAUUUAAUGAAUUAGAUAAAGCCCUUAAAGUAUUAGAAUCAGAAAGGGCUGUUGGUAAAGUUAUAGUUAAAGUGGAGUCAGAUUAAUACAUAAAAAUAAGACAUUAUUACAUUAAGAUUUCGUACAUUUC